GUGUGAAGUAACACAAUGAUUGAUGCUUUUCUACAUCUUUUUCAGAAAAAGUCCCUGGAGUCCAUCAACUCCAGGCUUCAGCUGGUUAUGAAAAGUGGCAAAUAUGUGCUUGGGUACAAACAGACCCUGAAAAUGAUUCGUCAGGGCAAAGCCAAGUUGGUCAUCCUCGCCAACAACUGUCCUGCUUUGAGAAAAUCAGAGAUUGAGUACUACGCUAUGCUUGCCAAGACUGGCGUCCAUCAUUAUAGUGGGAACAACAUUGAGUUGGGCACAGCAUGUGGAAAAUACUACAGAGUGUGCACACUGGCCAUCAUUGACCCAGGUGACUCUGACAUCAUUAGAAGCAUGCCAGAACAAACCAGUGAGAAGUAAAUGCUAUAAAGGUGUUAUUUCUACAAUAAAACUGGUUACAGUUUUCUUUAAAGAAAAAUUUGUAUUAUAACUUUGUUGGUUUUAGGGAACAGACUAUAUAAAUGAAGAUUCAUUACCA